AUGGGAAGAGAAGACUCUGGCAGAGACGGCUGCCCUCGAGCCCCCCCCCCAUCGCUCAAAAAGGGAGCCCAUGACCGCGGUCACUUUAGCCAUCCUCCUGGGGCUGGGGGCUGCACGGGCUGGGGUGGCCAGGUUCUCCUGAGGAAGGAUCUUGAUAAAAUACCUGAAAGUUUUACAGUUGGCCUUUCUCCGAGGGACCUAUGGUCUUUAACAAGGAUAACUGUACACUGGAGGAAAGGAAACAAUCAGACUCUCCAGGGUCUAAUGGAUACUGGUUCUGAAUUGACAUUGAUUCCAGGAGAUCCUAAAUAACAUCAUGGACCUCUAGUUGAAGAAGGGAUUAGAGGAAUUUUGGCUGAACUCUGAUUCACAGUAAGUAUAGUAAAUCCCUGAACUCAUCCUAUGGUUAUUUACCUAGUCCCAGAAUGUAUAAUUGGGAUAGGUAUACUUGCAAGUUGGAUGAAUUCUCACAUUGGUUCCCUGACCUGUGGAGUGAGGGUGAUUAUAAUCAGAAAGGCUAAAUGGAAGGCUUUAGGUAAGUUGCCUCUACCAGGAAACAGUGAAUCAAAAUGGUAUUGCAUCCCAGGAGAAAUUGCAGAGAUAAGUGCUACCAUCAAGGACUUGAAAGAUGAGUAUGGUGUGGUUCCCACCACAUCUCCCUUUGUAUCUGCCCUUUGUAUCUGGCUAGUGCAGAAGACAGAUGGAUCAUGGAAAAUGGCAAUUGAUUAUCAAAAACUCAAUCAAGUAAUGACUCUAAUUGCAGCUGCUGAACCAGAUGUGGUAUCUUUAUAUGAGCAGAUUGACACAUCUCCUGGUAUAUUGUGUGCAGCUAUUGAUCGAGCAAAUCCAUUUUUCUUGAUACCUGCCCACAAGGACCACCAGAAGUAAUUUACUUUCAGUUGUCAAAGCCAGCCAUAUACCUUUACAGUUUUACCUCAAGGAUAUAGUAACUCUCCAACACUGUGUUGUAACUCAAGUUUGAGGGAUAUUGCUCGUCUAUCUCUCCAACAAAACACUACAUUGGUCCACUCUAUUGACAACAUUAUGCUAAUUGGACCACAGGAGCAGCAGGUAGCAACCACUUUGAACUUGUUCGUAAUACACAUUAGAGGAUGGGAAAUAAAUCCAAUUAAAUUUCGAAGACCUUCUACCUCAGUGAAAUUCUUAGAAGUCCAGUGGGGAGGAUGCAGAGAUAUUCCUUCUAAGGUGAAGGCUAAUUUAUAGCACCGUCCUUCUACAACCAAGAAAGAAGUACAACAUUUUGUGGGCCUAUUUGGAUUCUGGAGAUGGCACAUUCCUCACUUGGGUGUGUUACUCUGCCCUAUAUACCCAGUGACUUGGAAAGCUGCCAGUUUUGAGUGAAGCCUGGAACAGGAAAAGGAUCAACAUGUUCAGGCUGCUAUGCAGGCUUCUUUACCACUUGGAAGAUAUGAUCAAAUAGACCGAAUGGCACAUGGGGUGUCAGUGGCAGAUAGAGGUGCUAGAGGAACAGUAGCAGGCCCCAUAGGUGAAUCACAAAAGAGACCUUUAGAAUUUUAGAGCAAGUCUCUACCAUCAUCUGCAGACAACUAUUCUCUCUUUGAGAGACAGCUCUCGGCCUGCUUUUGGGUCUUAGUGGAAACUGAACAUAUGACAAUGGGCCAUCAAAUUACCACGUAACCAGAGGUUCCUAUCAUGAGCUGGGUGUUAGCUGACCCACCAAGUCAUAAAGUAGGACAUGUAAAGCAAUCUAUAAUUACACAAAAGUGGUGUAUAUGUGAUUGAGCCUGAGCAAAUCCUGAAGAUAGCAAGUUACAUGAAGAAGUUACCCAAAUGCCUACAGUUUCUACUUCCAUUACAAAGCAGUCUACUGCCAAGUAUGCACCUAUAGCCUCAUGGAGUGUGCAAUAUGAUCAGUUGGCUGAGGAAGAGAAGUCUAGGGCCUGGUUUACUAAUGGUUCUGUAUGUUUUGCAGACAUUACCCAGAAGUGGAAAGCUGCCCCAUUAUAACCCCUUCCUGAGCCAAUCCUGAAAGACACUGGCAAAGGGAAAUCUUCACAGUGGGCAGAACUUCAGACAGUACACAUAACCCUACAUUUUAUUUGGAAGGAGAAAUAGCGGUUGCAGUUGGUCACUGAUUCAUGGGUUACAGUCAAUGGAUUGGGAUGGUCAUGGACUUGGAAAGAGCAUGAUUGAAAACUGGGUGAGAAAGACAUCUGGGGAAAAAAUUGGGUAGAUCUUUCCAAAUAGGUGAAGGAUGUGAAGAAACUUGUGCAAUGCUCAUCAAAAGGUAAGUUCAGCAAUCUAGUAGAUAGGAUGACGUGUUCUACUGACAGUCAGCCUUUCUCCUCAGCCGUUCCUGUCACUGUCCAGUGGAUCCAUGAACAAAGGCAUGGUGGCAGAGAUGGGGGUUAUCCAUGGUUUUGACAAUAUUGCUCACCACUUGCUAUAGCUGCUGCUGAGUGCCAACAAGAGAGACCAACAAUAGCCCCAAAAUAUGGCACUAUUCCCCAGGGAAACUAGCCAGCAACCUGGUGGCAGGUUGAUUACAUUGGAUCACUUCCUCUGUGGAAACAACGUUUUGUCAUUCCUGGAGCAGAUACUUAUUCUGGUUAUGGAUUUGCUUUUCCUGCAUGUAAUACUUCUGCCAAAAUCAUCAAGGGCUUACAGAAUGCUAUCCACCAUUAUGGUAAUCCACACAGUAUUGCUUCUGACCAAGGAAUUCACUUCACAGCUAGAGAAAUAUGACAGUGGGCCCAUGAUCACAGAACCUACUGGUCUUAGCAUGUUCCUGACCGUACUGAAGCAGCUGACCUAAGAAGAUGGAAUGGCCUUUUGAAGACCCAGUUGCAGUGCAAAUUAGAUGAGAAUAAGGGUCCAAUAUAUGGUACAAUUUAUCUGGUAGCCAGGAUCCAUGGUCCAGGAAUGAAGAGUAAAAAGGGAAUAGCUCCAUUCAGUAUCACCCCUGUGAUCCACGUGGGAAAUUUUGUUUCCUAUUCCCAUCCUAUUCUCAUGACCUUGAGUUCCGCUGGCCUAGAAAUGUUAGUUCCAGAGCCAGGAGAGCUCCUGCCAGGAACCACAAUAAACAUUCCAUUGAACUGAAAGCUCAGACUUCCCCCUGGCAACUUUGGACUUCUGGUGCCUUUGAGCCUAUAGGCUAAGAAAGGAAUAACAGUGGAGGUGGGGGGAGUAAUUGACCUAAAUUACGAUGGGGAAAUUGGAUUGCUUUUCCACAGAGGAGCUAAGAGAGAUUACAUUUGAAGUGCAAGCUAUCCUUUAGGGCAUCUCUUGGUGCUAUGAUGUCCUGUAUUACAACAGCCUAGUCCAGGGAGGAUGGCAGAGGACACAGACUCAUCAAGAAUGAAGGAAUCAGUCACUCCUCUGAGAAAAGAACCAAGACCUGCUGAGGUGCUUGCUUGA